AGUGUACGCGUGGCUGCCUGCUCUUGGCCUAGAUUGCCGGCUGCACACCAAGCUGCAACAAGGAGGCCCGAGGAGGCUGCAGUUAUGCCUGGGGAGGGGUCUGGCUACCCGGAAUGGCAGCAGCAUCGCGGGAGUCGGGGAAGGGUUGUCCGAUGGUCCCUGAGGCUGUUAACAAGAUUUCGAGAGCUGUGAUUAAUGAGCAUUUAAAAGCCAUGGAUGAAGAUGAAUUUGAACUGCAGCCACAAGAACCAAAUUCAUUUUUUGAUGGAAUAGGUGCUGAUGGGACACAUAUGGAUGGUGACCGAAUUGUAGUAGAAGUUCAAGAAGCUGUUUUUGUUUCUAAUUCAAACAUAACUGUGCAUAACUUUAUUCCUGAUGACCCAGACUCAGUUGUAAUUCAGGAUGUUAUGGAAGAUGUUGUUAUAGAGGAUGUGCAGUGCCCAGAUACCUUGGAGGAAACAGAUGUAUCUGAAAAUGUCAUCAUUCCUGAGCAAGUGUUUGAUUCUGAUGAUGUAACUGAAGAGAUUUCUUUAGCACAUUGCACAGUUCCAGAUGAUGUUUUAGGUUCUGGCAUUACUUCAACCUCAAUGUCUGUUCCAGAACAUGUUUUGACAAGUGAAUCUAUACCAAUUGGACAUACUGAAUAUGUGGCCCAUGCUAGUGUUGUAGAAACAGAAGUUGUAACUGAUCCUUUAAGGAAUGAUACAGUUUCAGAAGAAGUAUUGGUAACAGAUUGUGCCUCUGAACCAAUCGUUGAUGCCAGUAGGAUUUCUGUUCACCAGCAAGAUGACAAAAACAGCUGUGAGGACUAUCUUAUGAUUUCCUUGGAUAAUGUUGGGAAAAUAGAACGUGAUAGAUCCACUGGUGUGGCUCUGGAUACAGAGUCAGAAUUUGAUUCUUGUAAAGUGGAUGGCACUUGCCCUGAAGUUAUCAAGGUGUACAUUUUUAAAGCUGAAUGUGGAGAGGAUGACUUAGGUGGAACUGUAGACAUUGUGGAGAGUGAGCCUGAGAAUGGUCAUGGAAUUGAAGUACUUGACCAGAACAGCAGUAUUCGUAUACCUAGGGAAAAGAUGGUUUAUAUGACAAUGAGUGACUCUCAUCAGGAAGAUGAAGAUUUAAAAGUUGCUGACAUCACUGAUGAGGUUUAUAUGGAAGUGAUUGUAGGUGAGGAGGAUGCUACUGUUGCAGCAGCAGCUGCUGCUGUGCAUGAACAGCAAAUGGAUGAGAGUGAAAUGAAAGCUUUCAUGCCAAUUGCAUGGGCAGCAGCUCAUGGUAAUAAUUCUGAUGGAAUUGAAAACCGGAAUAGCCCUGCAAGUGCCCUCUUGCACAGAGAUGAAUCUGCUGGCCUUAGCAGGCUGGCUAAGCAAAAACCAAAGAAAACGAGGCGACCUGAUUCCAGACAGUACCAAACAGCAAUAAUUAUUGGUCCUGAUGGGCAUCCUUUGACUGUAUAUCCUUGUAUGAUCUGUGGGAAAAAGUUUAAAUCAAGAGGUUUUUUGAAAAGACACAUGAAAAACCAUCCUGAACACCUUAUGAAGAAGAAAUACUGUUGUACUGACUGUGAUUACACUUCCAACAAAAAGAUAAGCUUACAUAAUCAUCUAGAGAGCCAUAAGCUGACAAGCAGGGUAGAGAAGGCCAUUGAAUGUGAUGAGUGUGGGAAGCAUUUCUCUCAUUCUGGAGCUUUGUUCACUCACAAAAUGGUGCACAAGGAAAAAGGAGCCAACAAAAUGCACAAAUGCAAAUUUUGUGACUAUGAGACAGCAGAACAAGGGUUAUUGAAUCGUCACCUUUUUGCAGUCCACAGCAAGAACUUUCCUCAUAUUUGUGUAGAAUGUGGUAAAGGUUUUCGUCAUCCAUCAGAGCUUAAAAAGCAUAUGCGAAUUCAUACUGGCGAGAAGCCACACCAAUGUCAAUAUUGUGAAUAUAGAUCUGCAGACUCUUCUAACUUGAAAACACAUGUAAAAACUAAGCAUAGUAGAGAGGUAUCAUUCAAAUGUGACAUUUGUCUUCUGACUUUCUCAGAUGCCAAAGAGGUACAGCAACAUACUCUUACCCACCAAGAAAGCAAAACACACCAGUGUUUGCAUUGUGACCACAAGAGUUCGAACUCAAGUGAUUUGAAGCGACAUAUAAUUUCAGUUCACACAAAAGACUAUCCACAUAAGUGUGACAUGUGUUACAAAGGCUUUCACAGGCCUUCUGAACUCAAGAAACAUAUGGCUUCCCAUAAGGGUAAAAAAAUGCACCAGUGUAGACACUGUGACUUUAAGAUUGCAGAUCCAUUUGUACUAAGUCGCCAUAUUCUCUCAAUUCACACAAAAGAUCUUUCAUUUAGGUGCAAGAGAUGCAGAAAGGGAUUUAGACAACAGAACGAGUUUAAAAAGCAUAUGAAGACACACAGUGGCCGGAAAGUGUAUCACUGUGAGUACUGUGAAUAUAGCACCACAGAUGCCUCAGGCUUUAAACGACAUGUUAUUUCCAUUCAUACAAAAGACUAUCCUCACCGGUGUGACUACUGCAAGAAAGGAUUCCGAAGACCUUCAGAAAAGAACCAGCACAUAAUGCGGCAUCAUAAAGAAGCUGGCCUGCACUAACAAUAGUUAUACAGACGUUUGUUAAAAUAUCACCUUGAAUUGAGAAAUUCAGUUUAAAGGCUUUUAUUCUUGUCAUAUACAAUACUGCCUUAUUGAUUAAUCUGAUGUACACAAACGAUUCUUUUAGUUGUCUACAAUUUUUUCAACAGGGUGUUCUGAAUUCUGUUGUUUUUUAAUAAGUGAGGAAAAGCAACAAUCAAAAUGCUUUUAGUAAAGUAAUUAUUAAUUCUCUACUAAAAUUUUAGUCUUAGAAGCUUUACUAUUUAUUCACCUGUAAAGUACACUUCUAAGAAAAUAAUUUAAGAGUGGUAACUCUAAAAAUAGUCAUUUUUUUACCCCCUUUGGACACAAUUUUCACAUUUAAUAGACAUUUGAUACAAACAGGAGAUUUAUUUUUAGUGUCAUGUCUGAAUUAUUAUUUCCUUGUUUUGGUUAGUUUUUUCAGUUUGCCUGGCAAACUGUUGAGUGUUUAGCACUGCUGAUUAUAGA